CAGCUGCAGGUCUGCACUGCUGCACACACAACAUGGCGAAGAGAUCAGAUUUUGCGCAAAAGCUGCUGGAUGAUCUUCGGGUUAGGAAGGAACGAAUGGCUGCACCAGCGCAGAGCUCAAACCGUUCAAACGCAAUGGCUAUAGAUGCAUAUGCUUAUUCCAAGCAAACUUAUAGAGGAUCAAGGGAUACAAAAACCCAUGGAAUAACUAGUUCCAGAACUGGGAACCCCCAGAGCAGGUCAACUAGAAGUAGUAGAACACCUAUUCGUCAAGAAGCUUCAAACCAGAUGGUUGCUUAUGGGAGAGGUGGUAACUCAGGACAAAUAGUAGAUCUUUCCAUGGCCUUGGCUUUUGCACUUGAGAAUGGAGCCACAAAACUCACCAGAACAAGUUCAUCAAGCAAAAGUUCAGUGAUGGGGUUUCUGAAUCAAAUUGGUAGGGGAUCCAUGGACUUCAAAAAAAUGGAAAGAAAGGGAAAUGUCAACAUGUACUGGGGUUCAAGUAGUCAGUUCCCUAACCUUUCAAAUUUCCAUAUAGAAGAAAUAUCCAGAGGGGCACAGAAACUAAACCAGAUCCUUAGAGCUUGCUCCAAUGGUGUUAAUGUUGAUAAGUUUUCAAUAGAGAUCGGGAAGGAACUGUUUAAAGGGGCCAUGGAUUUGGAAGAGUCCUUGAGAAUGCUUGUGAACCUGCAGGAAGCUUCAGAACAUAUGACCACCUCCCAAAGGAAAAGUCGGAUCACAUUGCUAGACGAAGAUGAAGAUGGUGAAGACCAAAUAGAAGAACAAAAGCAACUGGCUCUGCCAAGGUUUUCCUUUGACAAAUCAACAAGACAUGCUCGUAAAAUCCAAGAAGUAGGAAGGAUGGCCCUCAAGCCUAAGAUGGCAGCUUUGACUUACCCCACAGGAGGUAGUACGGAUGAGAAGCAAGGCAGAGAGACAGCAACCUCAGUUUCUCGCAGGCAUUCAGUCAGCUAUAUCCCUGAUGUCAAAAAUCCAUCAAAACAGUCAGACCAGAAAGUGUCUAAACUAGAAAAAGAUAGGAUUCCAAAUGUUAUUGCAAAGCUGAUGGGCCUGGAUGAGCUUCCCAAAAAUGAAAACGCAAAAUCCACUACCACACAGAAAGACAACAUCCCCAAGAAACCAAGAGAAAGGGGAGCUGCAAUAGGGCACACAACGCAGGAAAGCAAUAAGAUUGUUGGUGUUAAGACCAAAGAUGGUGAGAAUCUGGUAUCCACAAGUAGACAGAAAGUGGUAGAAGGCAAUAAGAAUCCAUUGAUGCAGAAAAACACUGCUUUUCUUCUGCAAGCAGAAAAGGUCCUGCCUGCCAACAACAAUGUUGGCCUUGAGAUGGUUAUUCAUGAUGGAAAACAAUCCUCAAAAGACUUGAUGGGAAUAAAACCUGUGACAAGAUCAGGAAAGACAACCACCAUGAAAACAGAUAAGCAGCAAAGUGCCCAAUUCAGACAGAACAGCAGUAAGGAUAAUCACGAAAGAGAAAGAAAGCAAGAUACUAUGAGGUAUGGGGAACAAAAGUUGCAGGUAAGAAAACAACAAGAUACUGAGAUGGUAUCCAAGAGUACAUCCAACAAGGCAGCAAAGCAGCCUCACACAAGCCAAGCCAGGGUAAAUAGAAACAGUAUGAUAGAAGUUGUUAAUGCCGUGCAACCCAGAGGAGUUCCAAAUGGCACUUACCACGAGAAUCUGGUGAGAAGAAAAAGUUCAGCUGAAUUGAACAUCCAUAUGAAUGAUUUUCCUCAAAAGGACUCAGAUCAAGAAAAUUUAGGCAUUCCACCAGCUAUGAAAGAGAAAGCUGUUCAUCAUGUAGCACCCUUACAGAAGGCAAAAACUAGAAGAGUGAAUAAAAGUGAAAUUCCUCGAAGAGUGGAUGAAGUAGUGACCAGAAGAAAUGGAACGCUGAAUAAGUUGACAAGGCCACCAAAACAAUCUAUUUUGGAGCAAGUGACACAUAGAACCCAUGAUAAAGUCAGUGGCCACAGUGGAGCAGAAAAGGGUAGAGCCAGCAGGUUGAAACAAGCAGAGCCACGCAUAGUCAAGUCCAACAAAUCAACAGAAAGCACUCGACCACUACAUUUGGUACAGAACCUACAGAAAGAAGCUGAGGCUCCUACUUUCUAUGGUCACAAUGAAGACGAAUUCCGAAGCCUCCGAGAACCAAAAACUCUAGUCCCACAUGACAGUCGUCAAAAUUCAGUCUCAGUAGUACCUAACGAUCAACAUGAUCAAGUACCAAUCUUUGGAGCUGAUGAGUGCAUUACAUCACCAAAUGCACUUAAUGUUGCAGGAACCCAAUCAACCCAUGAAGACACCUUGGAUAUUUCAUCCACAUUGCAAUUGGAGCAACAGAAGCCUUUCAAAUGGAGAAAACAAGAGCCACUUACAGAAACUGAAAUCCUUCUCAAGCAGAUAGUGAUCCAGAGCCAACUGUUCCUCAACACAGCAGAGGCACUUUUCAGACUCGAAAUCCCUUUCGGAAUUCUCCACGCUAGUAGUAGCGACUACGAUCAUGAGUACAAGUACAUCACUCAUCCCGAAGACAUUAAGCUCACAUUAGACUGCAGCUACGAGAUAAUGAAAAGAAAAGGUAAAAGGCAAGAGCUCGCUGUGCAUCCCAAUUUUGUGAAGGUAUCCAUAAGCUUCACUCAAGUCCAGUCUCUGGAUGAGCUGGUUAAGCAGUUGAGUAAAGACAUUGAUAAGCUGAAACUGUAUGGGAAGAAUGGAAAACUGGAAUGUGGGGCUGAAGAGUAUGUGCCUAGAAUGCUUGAAUUCGACGUGAAUAACAGGGAGCCUGAGCUGAAUUGUAUGUGGGAUUUGGGUUGGGAUGUGACCAUGUUUGGGUUUGUUGAAGUGGAUGAAGUUGUUAGGGAUUUGGAGAGGGGUGUGCUCAGUGUACUUGUUGAUGAGCUUACCAGAGACCUCUUUCAUAUGUGAGAAUUUCCAUUACUGCAAAAUGAGCAGCAGCAAUGCAUUUGGUUUUGUAACGGAUACAUUGAUUUUGUAAUUGUCGAUAGCAGUAAGGAUUUCAAAAUCCUCAGUUUGCUGGAAUUCUGGUUCAUAUACAUUGAUUUUGUAACCCUGCUAUUGGGUUCAUGUACAUGUUAGUCGACAUAAAUUAAAAAUGAGAAAUCUUUGAUUCA